UGUCCAGGAGCCUUGCCACCCUUCUCACUGCUCAAUCGCCUGCUCCAGUCAAUACGGGAACAGUCGUGACAGCCGCUGGGAAAGGGGCUUCGCGGGCCACGAUCGAUGAUCGAAAGCUUCGCAUCCCACCUUCACAUUGCCAUCCUCCUUCUGGAUCCCCAAAGAUCAGCUCUUGACCGAAGCGUCUCAUACACAAUUCGCUACAGUCUCGCAUCAGUAGAUGACCCUGCAGCCCGUAUCGAGGACCAGAUACGAACAAUUCACGUCUUAAUGACCUCACGAUUUCUUUGACGACCCAAGACGCUAAAGUGAUACGACAAGGUGUAUAGAUUCGACAGCAUACCUGAUUCAGGAUACCCGCCCACACAUACCCGCCCCUUUAUACCCAUUCAUACCCCAGUGCAGCGAUCGCAUCGACAUCAUGGCGCGAGGCAGAACAAACAAAUUACGCAAGGCAGAGAGAGAAUCAAAGCAAGGAGCAGCGACCAUCGGGAUCCCGCCAAUCACCUCGCGACGUACAUCCGGCAGACUUAACACACCUUCCGGUCUUCGGCUGGAUCGUGACCCGCACCCGGACGAUCACCGUAUAGACUGCGACCAUCGCAAUAUAUCGAGCUCGAGGCUGAGAAGAGUCUCACUACUGCUCAAGGAAGUCUUCCUUGCUGCAUUUGACACCGCAGCCUCAAGCAAUCUUCGCGAAAUACCAAAGAGAAUCGAAGAUCACAUGACGAGAGAGCAAUUCAUUGAGCUCGCCGACGUUGACUUCGACCUCCAGCUGAUCAAAGAGAUGGCGGACAAUGCUAGCCUCAAAGAAGAGCUCAAAGGAUGCAUCAAGCAGUUCUGCGAAUCAGACUUUGGUGGAGAUUUGAUCUUGCAAGGUACCGACGACUGCUUUGAUGCUCUUUGCAACAUAGGCGCAAGCCAUGGUCACGAUUUUGGUACACUAGGACCUCCCUGUGCGUGCUCCUUCACGCAUUGCAUGUCCUGCCUGGAGCAUCUAGUGACAGUAUGGAAGGAAGUCCAGGUGACUCCACCUCCAAUUGAAGUUGUGCAUCUGAAAGAGUCCAAAGUGGUGACCAUGAUGGAAUCACUUGCUGAUGAGGACUGGAUGGACUCGGGCAUCAUUCUUGAAGGCUUGCCCUACAAGACCGAGAUCACGGAUGCGCUCAACAAGAUGAGGGAUACUUUGUGGGAGGCCGCCGGCGAGCUUGAAGCGACGCACAUACGGACCUGGAAAGUCAGCCGCGAAUUUAUCUCGGGUCUCACGGGCCUCGAGCUGUACUAUACAGUGGCCAUGCGCGAGCUGAUUGCUGCCGGGCCUCCUCCGACCAUUGGACCAUCGGCCCCGAGCGUUGAGCUACACCGCAAGAGAGAUGUCCCUGUUCCUUCUCUGCGUGAACAACACACACAGCUCAAGAAGGACCUUGACCGUCUCUUGAAGGCGGACGAGAAGAAAAGACCGGCCCUUGAGGCAAUGAGCAUUGGCUAUCGCAGGAUCCUUGCCCGGCACUUCCGAGACCUUGGUAACACUGCAUACACGAUGUCCGACUAUGUCAUAGCUAAUGGGCUCUACACACGAGCGAUCAAAUAUGACGCAGAGGAUCCCAUUUACCCGCUCAAUCGCGCAGCUUGCCGGAUCAAGCUCAAGUGCUUCUCCUCAGCCGAGACGGACUGCUCGUCAGCCUUGUCAAUGGAUCCAUCAAAUUAUAAAGCAUUCUUUCGUCGUGGAGUCAGCAAAGUCGGCCAGGGCAGAUAUGAGCAAGCGAAACGAGAUUUCGAGGAGGUUCUCAAGCUACAGAAGCACAACCCUGCAGCCCUGAAAGAGCUCAAGGAGCUCGAAGCCAAGAGGCUGGCAGGACAGCGAGGCCAGGUCAAGACUGAUAGCAGCCGUCUGCCGGCUAAGAAGUCUCCCACAACCACCUGCAAGCUUGGCAAGGGCCAAGUCGGCAAGGCGCCCGCCGCUGUCCCUGCGCCUCCUGUAGUCGAUGCAGGCGAAUGCAAAACGGCACCGGACAAAACGCUGGUCGAGACUCCUGGAGCAGAGCAAAGACAACAGUCCGAUUCGCAGACGCCGAGGCGAGAAGAGGGGUCUCUGCCUGCGAAACAGGCAGCCCCGGAGUCAGGCAAGAGCGCCGGGCUAGUCCUCGAGACAACGCUAGUCUGCUCUGAUACAGCAUGUGUAGUGGAAGAAGUCUUUCUGCCAGCGUCCUCAUGUCUGGAUCCUUUCGAUGCGCUUGCGGAAGUGCCCGAUGCGGAUUCACUAGGAGAUGCACCUGCGGACAAGCCAGAAGAGAUGCAGUCGAAUGAAGGUCUUACUCUGCCAGCCCUGCCAGCCCUCAGCAAAUCCCCAACUACUCUUCUAGCAAGCGACAUCAGUGACGAUGCAGAUGAGGCAGAGGAUUACCGUGCCCAUGCCGCAAGGGUCGCCAAACUCCUCGACGGGCUUCAGCACUGCAAGGCGAACAUGGACUCGGCUGACGCUGCGACGCGAAAAGAGGCAAUUGCCUCUGCCAGUCAACUGGUCAAGGAGUUUGAAGCUACAGAAUCCGAGACGCAAGCUCUCACCCAGAAAGUCGUCAAGCGGACACAGCAGCUGUCGAGUGCUACUGCGAUCGCCAAGGCUAGUCGAAUCCGUCCCCACCGUUCCGCUGCGCACAAUAGAGUCAAGCCCAAGCCUGAACAGAAGGACCCUGAUGCCCCCGGGGCUAGUGAGACGUCUGAGCAGCGCAAAGUGCGCCUGGACAAGGAGACGCGCGACCAGCUCUUCUUCACCUGGGCCUUCAUCCAUAUCGUCCAGCAGAGAACCGGAGCUCUCAUACUGAAGAGUCAGCGACAUCGACCCGAGGGGAUCCUCGCCAUUGAUACUCUCAAUGGCACCGUCGCUGAGCCAUCCCGACGAGGCAGCGAUUCGGGCAUCGAGCGAUCACCUGUGGCCAAGGCUCGAAAGAAGUUGCGUGCCAAAGGCAAAGGAGCCGAGAUGUAGGAGCGGUUCACAUUGGCUGGUUCGUCCGUUGUACCUGACUUCUACCGGGGUGGUGUAGGAGAAGAUGAAUGGAACAUCACCUUUCUGCCCGGCCCACUCUUGCGUGAAGAUGAGAGGAGCUCACACUGCGGGACGAUGUUUUAGACAGUACAAGGAGCACCUUUGGCCCCAGACUUCUCAUUGACGCAUCGCAUCAUGUAGGACGCAUUUCUUCAUUCAAUGAUGGUGAUAUUGAUCAAAGAGGACAGCUAGAAUACAUUUUCCACC